AUGCAAAAUCCCUGUCUGGAGCUUGGGCUUUUUUUAUAACACGUUGUACCUAAAAUGGCGAUCUGUGGCAAGUGUUGAAAAGACAGUUUGGGGCGUGGAUGUCUCAUGGAAACAUUCUCCUUAUGGUCGAUGAAAUUCAUACCUGUUAUUAAGGAGAAUGGACUAUUGACGAUAUGAGGACUCCACGUAGACUUAGCAUCAGUAUCAAGAUUGAUAUGAAGUGUUUACGCCCCUUGCUGACGCUUAUCAUAGGGCUGUGCCUUGGGAUCACCAUGAGCAUGAUGUAUGCCCCCUUCAGUGAGGAUAGCUGCGAAACCUACGUCUCCAAGCAAGACCCUCAAGAACUUGUAAAGAGACGUGAAACAAAAUCCUUAGAGGUUCAACAAGACGGAGAAGGAAAGUUUGAACCCCGAUUGCGGCUACAGGAAAAACCAGGGGGGAAUACCGGCGUUGGUAAUGUUGGCGGGUCGACCAAAAAACUCAUCCGACCUCGGUAUGCAUCAACAGAAUUGGGAAUACUUGAUAAGCUAUUUGUAGCUGUGAUCACAUCGCGAAAUACUAUUGACACACUUGGUGUAGCUUUCAACAAGACUGUUCAACAUCAUGUUACCAAACUGGUUUUCUUUAUGGACGAUAAGGGUCAGUCUCUGCCUUCUGGGAUGUCUGUUGUGAGCUUUGCGGACAAGCGCCCUCACCUGAUCCCAAUACACAUUCUCAAGUACAUCGCUGAACAUUACCCAGACAAGUUUGACUACUAUAUGUUUGUGUCUGAUCGGACUUACAUCCGUGGGGAAACGCUGUUUGACUUCGUGAGUGGCGUGAGUGUGAGUCAUCACAUGUAUCUGGGAUGCCCCAAAGCUGCAGAUGGAACUGAUGUAUACUGCUCCCUGGAUGGGGGGAUCAUCAUUUCUCAGUCUAUUCUUUCUCAAGUUCUGUCUGAGAUGGAAUGGUGUACUACAAAUUGUCACUCUUCAGACCCCACCAUCAACAUGGGUAAAUGUCUUCAACAUGCCACUGGGCGUUCAUGUCAAGGCCAUAUCAAUUUUCAUCCAUAUGGACACACACAAGUACACGACUUCGACUUUGAUGACGACAUUGUGAUUCUUAAAGAAAAGGAGACCUUUAACAAUUCUAUUGCAGUUUAUCCCAUGCCUGAUGACACUAACUAUUACAAACUUCACCGAUACUUUUGUAUUCUGGAACUUAAUCUGACAGAGCAAGCCAUUGCUAAGACAACAGAAAAUAUCAUCUAUAUGAGUCAGUUUGCCCCUGGGGGCAGAGACAGCAUCACAUGGCCUGUUGGGGUCCCAGAGCCGUAUCGACCCAAGAACAGAUUUGAUGUCAUCCGCUGGGACUACUUCACUGAAACUCAUAUCUACUUUGAUGAUGAUUUCUCAAAUGUGGAGGAGUUAAAAGGUGUAGACAAGCAAGAUAUUCAAGAAGUCAUCAAACUGUCUGUCGACAAACUGAAUGCAAAGUACAACAACGGCUUCCUGUACUCUCACCUGGCCAAUGGUUAUCGCAGGUUCGACCCCCAGAGAGGCAUGGAAUACACAAUGGACAUAGCACUGCGGGAUAUCAGUGCUGCCAACAAAGAAGUGGAGAAAAGAGUGCACCUUGUACGACCCCUUGGUCAAGUUGAAAUAGUGCCAAUGCCAUAUGUAACUGAAAAUACUCGCAUCAAUCUCAUUUUGCCUGUUACGGAAGAAGACAAAGAUGGGGUGGGGAAUUUCCUCGACUCAUAUGCUCAUACAUGUUUGGACUCAGGAGACAACACAUACCUGCUAAUCGUGUUUAUUUACAAACAAGGUUUUCAAGAAGACACUUUCUCGGUUCUUAAAUCAAUGAUUUCCUAUUAUGAAAAAAAGUAUCAAAGCAGUGAUAAAAUUGCAUGGAUAUCGCUGCAACAUAACAGUUCGUAUUACUCCGAGUUCUUCAUCCUGGACGAAGUCUCGCUCAAGUUUCCGCCCGAUUCUCUGCUAUUAAUGUGCACUGUGGGUAUGGAACUUGCAGCUGAUUACUUCAACAGAAUCCGCAUGAAUACUAUUCAAGGAUGGCAAGUGUUCUUUCCAAUUGGGUUCUGGCAGUAUAAACCGAAUCUCAUUUUUGAUCGUAAACCCUACCCCACUGUUAUUGACAUUAAUGGAAAGACUGGGCAUUACGAUGCCAAUUCCUUCGAGCACAGCAGUUUCUAUAACGCCGAUUUUAUCGCUGCACGGAAAUUACUCACGUCAACUGAAGUAAGAAAUGAAGGAUUGUUUGACAUGUUUGUAAAAUAUCAGGAAAUACAUGUGUUUAGGGCAAUAGAACCUGACCUUAAGCAUAGGUAUAAGCCCAUGGAAUGCUAUCCAAGUGCACCGGAGAAACUGUACGAGCGUUGCUUGUCACGGAGAGCUGUGGGUUUAGCUACCAGGGGACAAUUAGCUAAGCUUGUAUUUGAGCACAAUGACAAGGCUCAACAGGCAAGUGCGAAUAUGAAAGGGCCGGAAGAUGAUCCUAACAUGGAGCCUAUUCGACUGGAAAAUUAGGGUUGUCUCUCACUGACAUGCUGGAAGUGAACCCAGGGAGAGCUGUUAUUUUUGUGAUAGUAUCAGGAGGAUUUUUCCUCGAGUUGUCCUUGUGACUUUGUUUUGUUAUAAAUCAUAUAUUUUUUAACAGUGGGAGUGUGUGUCUCGGUCUGAUUGGUUGAAAAUGUGGUUUGCAGGAAGGUAGGAAUGAAAAUAUUCUGUAUUUUUUACUGUGGUGUGCAUAUAUUCUUGAUACAUGUCAUUUUGGUCUCGGUCCCAAAUUUGAUAAAUAACAUGAGUAUUAUAUAUUAGGGACCGACCAUUUCAUAUUGUGGGGGUGCCUGGGAUUUUAUUGACAAAAAUAAAUUGUCCCAGAAAAAGCUUACAAAAGAUGAUGCUUCAGACUAUUAAAAAUUAACAAAUUGUCAGCCACAAAAAAUACAUUGUUGCAAGACUUUUUUUAAAAAAAAUCAUGUUUUGGCUCAUAGUUUUAAUUAAAUAAAUAUCUGGUUGUGCUGAUGUAGCUGAAAAAAUAUCAAGUCUCAAAACAAAAUCACAGUAUUCCUCUCCCUGAAUAUCAAAUGGCGGUAUAUUGCAUUGGUCUCCUAUUUACCCGAAGAAGCUUUCCUUUAGUUUUUUUGUUAUGUGCAUAGUGCAAUCAAGUGGGUGUAGUUGUAACCGAAGCAUUCAUUAUAUCAUGAUGUCAUUGUAUUCCUGGGGGACGUCAUGCCUGUCUCACAGAUUAUAGAGUAACCUUGGUACUGACCAUUUGAAUUUUAUUAUUGACGGAUCUGGGUCUGGGAUUUUAGAAAAAUCCAGAAAAUCUGAUAAAACUGUAAAGAUAAGGAAUAUAAUUUGUCCCCAGGUCUUUGUCUCCCCCCAAAAUUGUGUAAAAAUAUAUCUUUUAGCUUCUCCUUUCACAUGUUUCAGAGCAAACGAUUUGUAUGUUUUGAAGCUGUGAUCAAAAGAGUAUAUCCUGCCCAAAAUAAGUGAAAACAACAAACUUUCGCAUCCCUCCACCUCAAGAAUAUUAAAGUGGUGGGUCCAAAAGGAAGAGAAUGCCAUGGACAAUUAAAAAUAACUUUUCAUAUUUUUAAUGUUGACAAUCAUGUUUUUCUCUCAGAUUUUUUGUGUUUAUUAUCCAGGUUCAUUUCAAGACAAAAUAAUAACAUCUGCAAAUCUGAAAAUAAGAUAGGUUUUAUGUCCUAUUUUAUCGCCUGGGAAGUAGAUAUCAACAGGAAUCACUAUAAUAUAUAGUGUUUAUUCUUAGGCCAUGUUGGCAGCACUUUCUGUCUUUUUCUUUUUGGAUUUGAUAGACAUGUAUUUUUGGAUUUGAUCAACUAUGUCCAAAGUCACAAUCAGAAAAUUAAUAAAAAUGGUUUAUUUAUUAUUAUUUUCAACUACUCUGUCUCUAUGGUCUUUCCAUGAGAAAUAUAAAGGCAUGCUUUAAAUAUCAAACAAACAUGAUUGAUCAAAAGUGUUGUAUAUAGUCUGUUACCUUGUUUAUAUAUUGUCCUUAACCAGCGCCAAGCCUUCUCUGACAAGUAAAUAAUACUCACAUUUAAUACUGUUAAAAAACAUCCAUGAACAAAAUUCGUCUUUUUUCCCAUUAAGCCAACCAACCCAAUCAAAUUAUUGCUGAACCAGAUAAAAACAUAUUGAGCAAAAUAAUUUUGUUAUUUCCAUUUUGACCUAUCUGGUUAGUGAUGGUUAGUACAAAAUCUGAAAACCAUUAAAUAUGAAAUGUGUGGUCCAAAAGUCAUGCUUAAGCAUUUGGUUCCAAACUAAACUAAGAGGUAUCGACUGGACAGUGGGACUACAUCACAUUUAUCUCCUAAAUAUAUGUGGAAGAUGUAACAUUUAAGGGAAAGGUUUGACCAGAUUCCUUGCUAUCAUUAUCCACCACUGGUCUCAUUCUCAUUUCUCUCAUCACAAUACAUGUUUGCAAGUAUCCAGCAUGCCAUACAUGUAGAAUAAAAGUCUCAUUAUGUUUACAUGGUUUGUGAUCUUCUCAUGAAACAGAUAAAGUUUGUUUUUUAUUCCCCGGCUCAGUGAAGUUGGCGGGGCACACAGAAAUGGGCUCAGUCCAUCUGUCCGUACAUAGAUAGCUUUACAAAACUUGGUACACACAUUCACCAUAUAGUGUAGAUGUGCCUUGUGCUAUUUAUGCGUGCCCUGCAUUUUUAAUAUACUUUGUAUAAUUUUUAGUUGAGAUAGUCUCUGAGCAGAAUGGAAGCAGUUGGUUUCAUUUCCGGAGCAGAACUUGAAAAUUAUUUUGGAGGUGUCUUUAAAAAACUUGGUAAACACACUCACCAUGUAGUGUAGAUGUGUCUUUUGCUAUUCAUUAUUCACCCAAUUAUUAUGUAAACGUUAUAAAUUUAAAUAGACUGGAAUGGAAGCAAUCUUGACAAUUGUACCUCAGUCCUGUUAUGUACUUCUUCAUGAAACUUUGUACAAUAUCAGAUAAAGGCUGUUUUAGCUCUUGUUCUUUCAA